AUGCCUUCUCAACCUCCACCACCGCCACGCACAAAGCUCGGUCACCAUCGUGUCCUUGGUCCCAAUGCCUCCAUAUUGGUCUCCCCUCUCUGUCUCGGUGCCAUGGGCUUUGGUGACAUAUGGAGCUCGGUGAUGGGAGAGUGCAACAAGGAGACCAGCUACGCAAUCCUUGAUCACUUCCAUGCUGCGGGUGGCAACUUCAUUGACACUGCCAACUUCUACAUGGCGGGACAGUCGGAAGAGUGGCUUGGAGAAUGGAUGGCUGAGCGUGGAGUCAGAGAACAGAUGAUCAUUGGCACCAAGUUCAUGCUGCCAUACAAACUCCCUGAGCAGAUGCCUGAAGGAAGUAUCACAUCCAACUUUGGCGGCGCCAAUAAAAAGAGUCUGCGCCUGUCGCUUGCAGAGAGCCUCAAGCGCUUAAAGUCCGACUAUGUUGACAUCCUUUAUGUGCAUGCUUGGGACGGAGUGACCAGCAUCCCGGAGCUGAUGAGAUCUCUUGAUGAUGUUGUCAAACAAGGCAAAGUCCUGUACCUAGGAAUCUCCAACUGGCCGGCUUGGUUGGUCGUCAAGGCAAAUGACUAUGCUCGACAACAUUGCCUGACUCCAUUUGUGGUCUAUGAGGGUCUCUGGAACGUGGUGGCCCGAGACAUCGAGCGAGACAUAGUCCCGAUGUGUCAGGCCGAGGGAAUGGCCAUCACGGUCUGGGAAUCCAUGGGCGCUGGCAAGUUCAAAAGCAAGGCCGAGAAGGCUGAAAAAGGAGGAAGGCCAGAAUACGAUCUCGCCGGCAAGGGGCUGGACGCAUAUGAGCGUGCCACCGUAGCCCUGGAACGAGUCGCCAAGAGGAAGGGAACGAACGCAGUGGGCAUCGCUUUGAGGUACAUCACUUUGAAGGCCCCGUACGUAUUUCCAAUUAUUGGGGGUCGCAAAAUUGAACACCUCCAAGCGAAUAUCGACAACCUGAGCAUACAGCUCUCCGAAGACGACAUCCGGGAAAUUGAAGAAGCUGCUCCGAUAGAUCUGGGCUAUCCUCACGCUUUUUUGUCGGGCAAAGGAGACAAGCACGUUGGACCAACACGGCCGACAAAGCUUGAGAGGUGGUGGGGGGCGUUUGAGGGGGUGGAAGAACCAAAGCUUCUUUCAACUCAGCCUGUCGUAAGCACGAGUGGAUCGGAGCAGCAAGUACAGCAUACCAGCCUUCACGCUGAGGGAAAAGGCUUCCAGUUGCCAACCUCCAGCUCGACUCAAGAAGAAAUUUCUAGCGUUUGUGAACAACUCAGAGCUGCUCUGCCACCCUACGAUGAAUUGAGACAUUGUUUCUCUGGCGACACAAAAUGGUGGGACUUCUGGCAUAUCAAGACAUUCGGAACAACGCCCGCUCGCGAGAGUCUCUUGCAGUUUCUGGAACGGGUCUAUAUGAUUGGCAAUCCCAUAGAACUCGGAUUUCUUGUCUCCUCCUACGGUCAUCACAAUGCAGCCGGGGCUUUGCGGUAUCUUUCGGUUGUUGAUCGUCUCGUUCUUGCAGGCGACCACCUCGCGAGCAACGUGGAAGGUCUUCUUCUGACUGUCUUCCACGCAAAAGUGUAUCUCGAAGUUGGUCAACCUCGUCGUGCGUUUUUGUGCAACCGUCACGGGAUAUCACUGGCACAGGCUAUGGUUAACCUCCACCGCAAUUAUUCGAGCUCGCCCAGACGAACUGCGGCUUGGUGGACGCUCUAUCUCGGAGAUCGAUUUUUGUCCAUCCUGCUUGGUUUGCCAUAUGCUAUUUCGGACGACUCCUUUACCGUCACAUACGCAAAUGAAACGAAACAAGCUGGCCACGCAACGUUACCCUUUGCAAUCCGCUUAGGGGCACUCACAGGCCGUGUGAUUGACCAGGUUCAGAGUCGUACAGGACCGAAAUUCUCCGAGAUCCUGGACAUCGACGACGAGCUCACUUCUCUGGCUAGCACAAGGACAAGAUAUUGGUGGGAUCAUAAAAUUCCAAUAGUUUGUCACUCGAGUGAGCUGGAUGAGUUUCGAGAGAGGCUCAUAAGUCAGACGCAAUACUUCCUAACUAGGAUAUACUUACAUUUACCAUACCUCUUAAAAUCGCCAACAUCCCACCUUUACGCGAACAGCAGGUUGAUGGCGAUCGAGUCGUCAAAGGAAUUGCUGGGGCGUUAUCUGGCUUUACGAUCUCAUGUCAACGGCAGCCCUAUCUUCGAUUGCCAGUCAGUUGAUUUUGUUGGCUUCAUGGCUUCAGUGAUAUUGGUCAUUGGGGCAUUCUGUGAUUCCAGAAUCCCUCUUGUGCCCGGCGACAUCCAGCUGGUCAACGAGACUGUGAGAGUUCUGCAGAGAGUGGCUGAAAAUAGGGUCAACCGUGUCGCACGUCAGUGUCACAAAACCCUAUCAACGUUACUUGCGCUCGCUCAUGUGGGUGGCCCACCGAGCUCCGCAGUCCCAUCAAAAAUAACAAUACCUUAUUUCGGAACCCUCUAUGUGGCUUCUAACUGGCAUCUCAAGUCCGGAAGCCUACGGACAUUGGGGGAGCACGGCACUCCUUCAGAAUCUCCAGGCUGUCUCGCAGACCCGUCGACCAGCAACGGCCCUGACGGUGAUCUCAGUCGUCUAUCUCCAACACUCGUUUAUGAGGGGAUGUACAACUUUGACGCGGACUUGCCUUGGGCACAGGAUGAGUCUCACGCGGUGUCUUGCGUGCAUGAUUUCAUGACAGAUCUAGAUCAAGACUGGGAAUCAUUCUUCAAUUCAGACAUCCACUGA